AUGGAAGAUAACACAGAAUUUUUUCUUAUUCAUUUUAAAGACUCGGCAAUUGCACCAGUCUGGCGUACUAUAGAUCCAGAAGAUGAUCGUCUCCAGCGUGUAGUAAAUAAAUUCCUUCGUCAGCAUGAUUGCAUUGAUGCUUGUAAACCUCAGUCAACAACGAAUUCAGGACAAUCACAACUAAAAUCAAAACAUUAUCACUUUUAUCCUGACGAUAAUGAGAAUAGUGAUGAUAAGGGCAAUAGUGAGCAAAAAGCACAUAGAGAAGACAAUGAGAUGGACUUGAUUAGCAAGGGAUUGGAAAAUAUGAAUAUUUACUUUUAUCAUGACGAUAAUGGGAAUAGUGAUGAUAGAGGCAAUAGUGAGCAAAACGAAUAUGGAGAAGACAAUGAAAUGGACUUGAUUAACAAGGGAUUGAAGAGCAUGGAGAUUUAA